CCUCGGCUCAACAAGUGCCGACCGACUAUCAGUGUUGCGCAAUUCGCUACUUAUCGCCCGCAUUUCAUGACCGACGCGCUGCAAUAACACCUCCUGUCCGCUGGGCAAAAUGAUCACCGACGCGAACCCUCCGCUGCACCAGAAGACGCGCAUCGUCUCCGUCGUGGCCGCGACCGCAAUUGCCCUCGCAUGUGGUACAAACUAUGCCUACUCGGCAUGGGCACCACAGUUUGCCGAUAAGCUCAAGCUCUCUGCGACCGAGAGCAACAUCAUCGGAACCUCUGCGAACCUGGGCAUGUAUGCGGCAGGCAUACCCAUGGGCCUUAUCACAGAUCGCAAGAGUCCAAGGCUUGCUGCUUUCAUCGGCAUGCUUUUGCUCUUUGUGGGCUACUACCCCAUCAAGCUCGCAUAUGAUGGAGGUCCCGGCUACAUGGGCGUGGGGCUCAUAUCCUUUUGCUCAUUCCUGAGUGGGGUGGGCAGCUGUGCAGCUUUCCAAGCAGCGUUGAAAACGGCAACACUCAACUGGCCAGGUCACCGUGGAUCGGCCACGGCAUGUCCGCUGGCUGCUUUCGGGCUGAGUGCAUUUUUCUACACGCUCAUUGCCGGCAUCGCGUUUCCGGGAAACACGUCCGGGCUGCUCACAAUGCUUUCUUUUGCAACCUCGCUUCUCGUACUUGUGUCGAUACCCUUCCUUAUCGUUGUCGAUCACCAGCCUGGCGCUGGCUAUGCAGUCGUACCUACUAGCGAGCGCACCCGGCGCGACUCGAAUGUGCUUCACUCGACAAAGCCCCACGGCAGCAGGUUCAAGUCGUCUGCUCCUCCGGAAGAACAAAUUACAACCGAAGAAGAGCGGGACGGCCCCUCGACCGAAACAUCGUCGCUUAUAUCUGGUCCUGGUGACAUUGCCGACGAUGACGACACCACAAGCAAGAAAUCGACUCACUCUCGUAUAGAUGUCACUGGAAUGGUGCUACUACGCAUACCCGAGUUCUGGCAGCUCUGGGUGCUCAUAGGUCUCUUGUCGGGCGUUGGCCUGAUGACCAUCAACAACAUUGGGCACGACGUGCAGGCGCUGUGGAAGCACUGGGACAGCAACAUCAGCGAAGACUUUGUCGCUCACCGGCAGCUGUGGCACGUGUCGGUCAUUUCACUUUGCUCAUUCCUGGGACGCCUUUCUUCUGGCAUUGGGUCGGAUGUUAUUGUCAAACGCCUGCACCACUCACGCUACUGGUGUGCCGCGAUUUCGGCCACCAUCUUUGCGCUGGCCCAGACGACGGCGAUCCGUGUCGAGGAUCCUCACCUGCUGUGGGCUGUUUCCGGGCUGUCGGGACUCGCCUACGGUGUGCUGUUUGGCGUUUUCCCAGCACUGGUUGUUGAUGCUUUCGGGUCGGAUGGCUUCGCAGUCAACUGGGGAUUCAUGACGCUGGCGCCCGUGGUCAGUGGAAACGUUUUCAACUUGUUCUACGGCGCCGUCUAUGACUCGAAUUCGGUGGUGCAGCCCGACGGCCAGCUGGCGUGCGAGGUGGGGCUCUCGUGCUACCGGACAGCAUACUACGUCACGCUGACAUCGAGUGUAUUGGGUAUAUUUGCAUGCUUCUGGGGAAUCUAUGGCGAACACGUGCGAAAGAUGCGGGAGCUGGAGGAGCACGAUGGCCACCGGGAUGCGUGAUGGGCGGGAAUUUGUUUUGAUUCUCCGAGAUAGACUGGCUUUAGACAUAGAUUUCAAGACACCUGGACAAGCGCUACGCACACGCGUGUUGUGCUGGAUGCGACUUGGCGCUGCGAUUGUAGUGCUGAUAAGACGUCUCCAGGACAGUCUAGCGCUUACUUGUAUGGGCGUGAUGUGUCAAGUCGUGCGUGCGUGCGGAGCCCCGGCUGGAUCAACAGGGACGUGCUGCGUAGGACGUGGACGGGUGUUUCAGUAGAGUCGUAGGUACCGCUGCGAAAGAAAGGGCGUCGAUGAUCGGCAGCUGUGCAGAGGCCAGCGAACGUCAUGAUCCGGAUGGGGACGUGGCUUGCGUUCUGUUUGCUUG